UUUCGUUGUGUUUUGGUCUGGUCGUUGCCGUCGCGUUGCGCGUUUCGUCCAUUCGUAUCUGCUGUGUGUUUAUUUUAUUCGCGUGCGCAACAACAACAACAGCAGUAGCAACAACAUUUAGCGUUCUUUAUUAAAUUGUGUUAAGCUAAUAAAAACAGUGUUCAACGCACGUCUUUUUUUAACAGUUGCUUUAUUUUUUCGUGUGCGACAAUAACCGGUGCAGAAGCAAAGCAAAAAAAAAAAAGAUUUGCAAUCAAAAUAUACAAAUACGAACUACGAAAUACUCAGCAGUGGGUGACAAGUGCACAAAUAGGGGUUGCAAAUUUUUCCAAUACAGGUGCGAGAGAGAGAGAGAGAGCGAGAGAGAGAUUGUGUGUUUUUGCCGUGGAAGUUGGCCGUAACAAAAACAAAUCGUAGCUUCGUUCUUCUUCGCCAGGCACCUAAAUUGAAGAACUCCCCCCACCCCCUCGAUCCUAGUCGGCCAGCAAGCAACCACCCAGCCACCCCCUCUCAGCUGCGUGUGCCGCGUGCCAUGCGUGACCUCGGCACCAAAAUGGCCGAGCUUAAAUUUGAGGCUCCACUGGCGAAGUUUGAGGAGACGGAUGAAUGGGGCGGCUGCGAUUUCAUUUCCAAUCAGAAUGCACUAAAUGACACGCUGAACUUGAAUCUCAGCUCCAAUCGGAAUCAGAAGGAUGGCAACGCCAAGCAGCAGCAGGACAAGCUGCGCCUGCUCGAGGAUGCUGUGCGCGAUGCGCACAUCAGCAAAAAUGGUGCAGUGGCAGGUGGAGCUAGCCCUGGCAGUGGCGUUGGCGCUGAAGCUGGUGGCAACAUUAGCCCCAAUUGCAAUACGCAAAACCUUACGGAACUGGGCUUGAUCGACGCCCCGGCCGCCGGCCAGGAUAAGCGGGGCGGCGACAAUGUGGACAACUUUACGGAGACUUUUGGCGGCAGCCUCGAGGAUCUGGUCAAUACGUUCGAUGAGAAGAUCACCAAAUGCUUUGGCAACUACGAGGAGAACGUCGAGGAGCUGGCACCGGUUCAGGUGCGCAGCCAGGAGGAGAUCAUGAACGAAUGCCAAAUGUGGUGGACCAUAACUGGAAACUUUGGCAAUAUUCUGCCCAUCGACUGGUCCAAGUCUUACACUCGCCAGAUGCACAUGCCGACCCUCAACCUGGGUCAGAGCCGUACAAAGCAGCAGCAGCAACAGCAGCGCAAUCAGAUGCAGCAGCAGCAGCAGCAGCAACAGAAUCAACAGCAACAACAGUUGAACAGAUUCGAUCCACAGACUCCAGUGGAUGAGUUUAACGACUUGGCCAGCGAGGAUGAGGCGGUGGCCAAUGAUUUGGAUAUGCACGCAUUGAUCUUGAACGGCUUGAACGGGGAUGCCGACGAUCAUCCCAUUAAGACCGUGGAGGAGGUGAUCAAGGAGAUCGAUGAUAUAAUGGAUGAGGCCGAGAGUCCGCUGGAUGAGCCCGAGAACUGCGAUUCGGAGGUCAUUGAGAAGGCGCGCGAGGUGCUCGGCGCUCCGCUCUAUGCAGAGAAGCUGCAAUACUUGAGCAGCACACAGCUAAACGAGCUGUACAUGGAAAUGGAGAUGCUCAUCCAGGAGCUGAGCGAGACUCUGAUCAACGAGCUGGCGCUGCGCGACGAGCUCGAAUAUGAGAAGGAGCUGAAGAACUCCUUCAUAUCUCUGCUGCUGGCAGUCCAGAACAAGCGGCGACAAUACCAUGUCGAGAAGAAGCGCGGCAAAUUCCAAGGCCCGGAGCCCAAAUACUUGACUACAGUCAUACCCUAUCAUCUGGAGAAUGGCACACCCAACAAUCAAUCCUUGCAGGUCUUGAUCAAAAUACUCAAGGCUAUAAAUGAGGAUAGUCCAACAGUGCCGACGCUCUUGACGGAUUACAUUUUGAAGGUGCUCUGUCCCACAUAAAUGAAUAAACAACAAGCAACAGCAACAACAACAACAACAACAACAACAACAAUAACAGCA